CCGCAGAGUUGGCAAAUAAGUUUAGGUCCGCCGAGGGACUGUUUUAUAAUUUUUCUUUUCUAAUUCCGAUUUAUCAAGCUCAAACGAAAAAAAUUGGGGCUUUUCUCUCUCCCUCUGCUCCGCGCCUCCUCGAAUCCCCGGCGACCAUCUUCGCAGAUCAGGAGCCCAAUGGCAGCCGAUGUCGAGAAGAUGAUCGGCGUCGGGCUCGUCUGGGGCGCCACCAACGCCGUCAUGCGCCGCGGCGCUCUUCUGUGGGACCAGAAACGCUCGGCGGCGCCGCCGGACCGCCGCCACGGCCUCCUCGGACACGUCCGCCAGUGGCUCGACCUCCUCCUAACAUGGCAGUACUCCGUCCCUUUCAUCAUAAAUCUCUCCGCCUCCGUCGCCUUCUUCUACAUCCUCGGCGCCGCCCCAAUCUCCAUCGCGGUGCCGGUGACCAACGCCACCACCUUUGCCGCCACCGCCGUCGCCGCCAUGCUCCUCGGCGAGGAGAUGCGGGUCGGGCAUGCACUCUUCGGUAUUUUCUUCUUGCAAGUUGACAAAGCUUAGUUACAUCCUGCACGAACUGCUACCUGUUAAAAUUUUUCCUGCUGGCAGUUUUAGUCUGAGGAGUUUGCGUACCCGCUCUGCAUUUGCUCUCUGUUUCUUUGUUUUCAUAUGAAAAUAUACCAUCUUUAAAUUUUGGUCUACUGAACUUAUUGUGGUAAGUAAAUAUUGAAGGAUCCUUGUCGCAGCUUUA